UGAAUGAGCCAAUGGCUGCACCCCAUGCAUUAAUAUCAUCCAAUGGGAAGAAGUCAAGGCAGCAGUCUCUUACCGCUGCACACCCACAUUACUUUUGUGUCAACCACUUCGCGGGAGUUGUCACUACAGGAGCGGUCGUCUCUUUAAAACUAGAGAAAUAGUAUACAGGAGGCUAAAAGGGCAACCAUGUCUGAGAGGAAGGCAGUGAUCAAAAAUGCCGACAUGUCGGAGGACAUGCAGCAGGACGCCGUGGAGUGUGCCACACAGGCCCUGGAGAAGUAUAACAUCGAGAAAGAUAUCGCUGCAUACAUCAAAAAGGAGUUUGACAAGAAAUAUAACCCGACCUGGCACUGCAUCGUUGGGAGAAACUUUGGCAGCUACGUGACUCAUGAGACCAAGCAUUUCAUUUACUUCUACUUGGGUCAGGUGGCCAUUCUGCUGUUCAAGUCCGGCUGAGGGAGCGCUUUGCCUCAACAUCAGCUGACCAUACAUACAGUACUGACUGACUUCGACAAAGGCACUUAUCAUUCCUUGGCAAGGGGCCGCUGCCUUUUUCUGUGCUGCUUUCUACUUUGUUCUGUUUUGAGGAUUUAAAAAAACGUGGCCAUGUUAAGAGAUGAAACACUUGUAUUUAUUUUUGUCUUGUUACAUUAGACACAUCAUUUUUUAAUUAAAGCAUAGCUUUUAAGCUGUCUGGGUCCAA